AUGAACAUGGCCAACGAGCAGGAAAGCUCUAUUGCGUUCCUGCUUGGUUUGCAUGAUAUACACGACACGUUUGAUCUCCAUCAACAGGAAGGACACGUACCUGCUCAGUCCAGCAGGAGCGAUCAUCCAACGCUCCUCACAGGCUUAGAUGCAAUACCUCUGACUGCUACCACGCCGAACGCAACAUCGAAUCAGCAAGCUGCACCUGCGCUGCAAAAUCACCAUCAGUCAGCAGGUGAGAGCAUGGACAUGUUCUCAAAUCAGCUAUCUAUGUGGAUGAACACCAACUUUAGCUUCGACGGACCUAUGGGGCAUGCUCUUCUCGCUGAUGAUGAAAAGGAUGGUGAUCAUCUGGAAAAAGGAGACGAUGGUCGACAGCGUGAUGAAGAUAUUGAGCGGCAGCGACGAAUGGCUGCUUCUAGUGCACACUCUAAUGCCGCGCGAGACAAACUCCGCGCUCUAGAUCGAGAUCCAUCUCCCACACCUUCACAGCCGUCUCUUGAUUCUCGCCGAGAUCGUAUUCCAUCUCACAACCUCGAAGCAUCAUCAGAACCUUUCCAUCCGACGUACUUUGCUCCGUCACACGACUCCUUGAGUCAAGCUCCUUCUUAUCUCCCGCCGGUGGCACCGUGGGCGAACCAAAAAAUGUCAGGAGAGACACCGUGCCCAUCUUCCUCUGCAUCAACGUUGUUCUCGCAGCCACAGCAGCAGCGGGCGCCAGGCGCUGCCCAAUCAGACUGGGAUCUCACGUCGACGUUAGCACUACAGCAUCUGAUGAGCAAGAGCCCUGAUGCACUGUCUACCCUGUGGCAAUCCCAUCUUUUGCAACAGAUGGGCAAGGCAUCUUCAACACCCAAUCUGCCGCCGGAAUUGUCCUCGAAUGAGCCCAGCUCGUCGUCCUCCGCCAAUGAGCACCCACUUCCUCCUAUGCAGCCGUUGCUCCCCACAUCGGCGGAGUCCAAGCGCGCGAAGCCUGAAUCACCGUCAUCAGCUGAAUCGCAACAGCAGCCUUCACCCAUGGAGAAACAAGACCCAGAUGUGUCUGUGACUAUUCCUAAAGCUGGUGCUUCAACAGCGCAAGCGUCGGAUCGUGUAAAGCUCGCGAAUACAGGCAACUCACAGACGGACGCAGAGACAAAUCGACUUGCUUUAGAAGAAGACAAGCGCCGCCGAAACACCUUGGCCAGUGCUCGUUUCCGUAUUAAAAAGAAGCAGCGCGAAGCUGCCCUGGAGAUGUCUGCGCGUGAGCUGGAGAAGCAGGUGAAUGAGCUGAAGCAAGAGAAUGAGCGUCUCCGCUCAGAAAAUGACUGGCUGCGUCGCUUAAUCAUGUCGCGUCCGGAGACGCUACCUGGCUUCUUCAAUGUUCUGAACAAUACAAGCGGAAGCGCCAGUAACAGCAAUGGAAAUUAG